AUGGACGGGAAUGGGGAGUGGGGCCCCGACGGUGGCUCCGCAUUCAACGGCGCAACAGGCGGCGGGAUUGUCGGCCAUGGCGGCCAAUCCGGCCACGGAGAAUACGCUGAGGAAGGUGAUUACGGGGAAGAGGACGGCGCGUACGAGGAUUAUUUGCCGGAGGACGGCGGCCCUGGUCCUCCACACGCCCAUGGCGGAGAGGAGUACGGGGAGUACGCGGAGUAUGGGGAAGAGGGCGCGGGGAUGGGCGGAGAGUACGCGGAGCAGCAGGGUUACAUGGAAGGGGGGGAAUACGGAGGGGAUGGUGGUGAAUAUGGGGAGGGAUAUGAAGGCCAGGAGGGGUACGAGGGACAGGAAGGAUACGAGGGGCAAGAGGGAUAUGAGGGACAGGAGGGAUAUGAGGGGCAAGAGGGUUACGAAGGUCAAGAGGGUUACGAGGGAGAAGAAUACAUGGAGCACGAGAUGGGUCACCAGCAGUACGACGAAUACGGUAACCCUAUUGGCGAAGGAGAGAUGUACGACGAAUAUGGUAACCCUAUCGGCGGAGAGGAGCUGUUAACCCAGCAGCAGCAUCAGCAGCAGCAGCAUCAGGGACAGUACCAUGCGCAGGGGCAGGGUCCUGGUGGUGUAGCCAUGUCACCCCAUGGUUCGCAAGGUAGCUACAGAGAGGGGGCGAGUCCGGGGAGAGGUUCGGCAGCAGCAGCAGCAGGGAUGGUGCCUCUGCAGCAGCAGCAACAGCAGUACGAGGGAGAUUAUGACGAUCAGGAGCAGUAUGCGGAGGGGCAGCAGGAGGGGUAUGAGGGCGAGGAGGGGUAUGGAGGGGAGGAGGGGUAUGCUGCGGAAGAGGGUGGGUAUGAGCAGGAGGGGCAGGAGGGAGUGGUGUACGGGCAAGGGCAACACGAGCAGGGGGAUUAUGAAGAUGGGCAGUAUGAGGAGGGGUAUGACGAUCAGCAACAGUAUGUCGAUCAGCAGCAAUACGGGGAGCAGGGUCAAUACGAAGGGCAGGAGCAGUACGAGGGGCAGGAGCAGUAUGAGGGGCAAGGGCAGUAUAUGGAAGGGGAGUAUAUGGAAGGGCAAUACCCGGAAGAUGGGCAGUACGAGCAAGAAGGGCAAUACGAGCAAGAGGGGCAGUACGAGCAAGGGCAAGGGGAAAUGGGGUACGAAGGAGAAGAAGGGGCGGGCUAUGAAGGCGAGGUGUGCACGUGUGAGGAGUACGGUGGUGUCCCUCACGAGCCUCACGAUUUUCACGAUGAUGAUGGUGGUGGUAUCAGAGCAGGAGGAUACGAAGGGGGCCAUAAUCAGGGGGGCGUUGGAAACGGGCAGGGUUAUGGUGAGGGAGGGAUGGAAGGGGAGGAGUAUGGAGAGGAGGGGUAUAUGAUGGGGGAGGAGGGGUACGGUGGGCAUGACGGAGGGUAUGUGAAUGAGUAUGGGGAGCAGGUGGAGUGGGUGGAAGGGGAGGUGGGGUACGUGGGGGAAGAGGGAGGGGAAGGGAUGGGGGCUAUGGAUGGGAUGAACCAAGCGGAUCAGAUGCAGGGACAGGGGCGCUAUCCCUUGGGAGUAGCAGGAGCAGGUGCUGCUGGUGCUGCUGGUGGUGGUGCAGGUAUGUACGGGCAAGAAGAGGGGGAUGAGGACGAUGCUGAUGGGAGGAUCGAGCAUGAGAUAGAUGAGGAAGAUGAGUUCGGCGCGUAUGAUCUUGCACUGAGGAAGCACCUAUCGGGGAUACCAGAGGGGGAUGAAGAGGCAGAGGCGGAAACGCCUGCUCCGCGGGCGAAGGGGAAGUUUGUUCUUCCAUCCAUGCUGGAACAGAGUGGGACGAUUCCGGAGGGGAGUGAUGAGGGCGGGGGAGGGGAUUGGGAGGAGGGGGAUCAGCAGUACGAGGAGGGUGAGGAGAGGGGAGGGGAGGAAGGAGAGGAGGAGGAGGAGGCACGGGGCAGAAGGGAGAAUGGGAGGGGGGGUCGAGGAGAGAAGGAGGCUUAUCGAGACGGGGAGGGGGAAGGGGAAAUGGAGGGGGAUGGGGAAGAGGAAGGUCCGGGGUCAGUGGUCUCGUUUGAGAGCGGUGAAGAAGGGUUGGAUGAGGAUGAGCAGGCUAGAGGCGUGGUGGAGAGCCGGAUAGUGGAAUCGGGUCGGGCUUUAAACAAAAGCAGCACUGGCUCUGGGUCUACAAGAGAGAACGAGACAGGGUCUGUGAUAGAGAGGGAUACAGCUGUAAAGAGCUGGGGCAAGUUCGCGCACCCUGCGUUGGGAAGGGGGGGGAGGAAGAAGGGGGGGAGAGUGAAUGGAGAGGUGGCGGGGGAGUAUGGGGGAAUGAAUGGGGAUGUGUUGUAUGAAGAUGACGAGGAGGGGUAUGGGGAGGAUGAGUAUGGGGAGGAGGAGGGGUAUGGAGAGGAGGGGUAUGGGGAGGAGUAUGGGGAGGAAGGGGAGAUGGACGAGGAGGGAGAGAGGUAUAUGGAGUAUGAAGGAGAGGAGGGAUAUGGGGAAGGGCGGGGAGGAUCGGGCGGCGAGGAGGAGAGGGAGGAGGGGGGAGAAAGCGGGGGAGAGGGAGAGGGAGAGGGAAAGAGAGGAGAGGAGGAAGGGGAGGGAGGGAGAGGGAGGGGGAGGGGGAGGGGGAGGGUUUGCGUUGCUGUCAAUGGGGAAGGAUCGGACGACGAGAGUGAUGAUGAUAGCUUUGCACAGGAGGCGAGGGAGCAGGCUGAGUUAGAGGCAGCUGCUGCUGCCGCAGCCGCAGCAGAAGCAGAAGCAAGAGGAGGAGGCGGAGAAGGAGGAGGGGAAGGGGAUGAGGAGGGAGGUGAGGAGGGAGAGGGGGGUGGUGCGGGCGGGUUUGGGAUUAUGGAUCGGCUGUUGAGUUUUCAAGAGGGGUUGGAGGAUGGAGAGGGGGGUAUGGGGGGUGGAAUGGGGUUUGGUGGGUUUGGAGGGUUUGGGGGGUUUGGCGGAGGGGGUGAUGGGGGUGGGGGUGGGGCAGGAGGGGGAGGGGGAGGGGGAGAAGGAGGGUUGAUGGGUGCAUUUGCCCGAUUACAGAAGGCCUCUGGCGAGGAGGGGGGAGGUUUUGGCAGGGAGGGAGGUGAAGGGGGGCAGGAAGGAGGAAGAAGGGGAGGGGGGGAGGAGUAUGGGGAGGAGGAAGAGGGGGAGGAGGGAAGGGGUGAGGGGGGAGGAGGCCGGCAAGGGGGUAGGGGAUGGGGGUUUCCAGGAAGGAGCAAUGGAAGAGGAUUAGAGGAGUACGAUGGGGAAGAGGAGGAGAAUGGGGGAGAAGGGGGACGGGUGGAGGAGGGGGAGGACGAGGGUGUGGGGGAGGGUGAUGGGGAAGGGUAUGAUCCGGAAGGCAUGGGGUAUGGUGGAGAGGGAGGGGAGUACCAAGGAGAGGGUGGGGCGGAAGGUGAUGGGGAACAGGAGAGGUAUGAUGGGGAGGAGGAAGGGAUGCAGCAGCAGUAUGGAGAGCAGUACCAGGAGGGGCAAUACGAGGAGGAGCAGUAUGAAGAGGAGGGGCAAUAUGAGGAGGGGCAAUACGGUGAGGGAGUGGAUGGGCAGUUUGAGCAGGGAGAGGGGGGGGAUUUGAGUCAAGAGCAGCAGGAAGGGUUUUACUCUGAUGAAGCAGGUGGGCAGGUCUAUAACGAGGAUGAGUAUGAAGGGCAGGGAGAGGCGCAGGAGUAUGGGGAAGGUGAUGGGGAGGGGUAUGAGGGGCGAGGGGAGGGGUAUGGCGGAGAAGGUGAGGGGAAUGAAGGGGAAGGGAUGCAUGACGGGGAGUAUAUGGAAGGGGAGGGGGAUGAUAUGCAUGGUGAGGGGGAGUAUGUGGAAGGGGAGGGUGGGGAGUAUAUGGAAGGGCAGGAAGAUUUUGUGGACGAGAAUGGGCAGUAUGUGAAUGAGAACGGGCAGUUGGUGGAUGAAAACGGGCAUCUGGUGAAUGAGAAUGGGCAGUAUGUGGAUGAAAACGGGCAGCAGGUGAAUGAAAACGGGCAGUAUGUGGAUGAAAACGGGCAUCUGGUGAAUGAGAAUGGGCAGUAUGUGGAUGAGAACGGGCAGUUGGUGAAUGAGAAUGGGCAGUAUGUGGAUGAAAACGGGCAGCUGGUGAAUGAAAACGGGCAGUAUGUGGAUGAAAACGGGCAGUUGGUGAAUGAGAAUGGGCAGUAUGUGGAUGAAAACGGGCAUCUGGUGAAUGAGAAUGGGCAGUAUGUGGAUGAAAACGGGCAGCUGGUGAAUGAAAACGGGCAGUAUGUGGAUGAGAAUGGGCAGCUGGUGAAUGAAAACGGGCAGUAUGUGGAUGAAAAUGGGCAGCUAGUGAAUGAAAACGGGCAGUAUGUGGAUGAAAACGGGCAUCUGGUGAAUGAAAACGGGCAGUAUGUGGAUGAAAACGGGCAGCUGGUGAAUGAAAACGGGCAGUAUGUGGAUGAGAACGGGCAGCUGGUGAAUGAAAACGGGCAGUAUGUGGAUGAAAAUGGGCAGCUAGUGAAUGAAAACGGGCAGUAUGUUGAUGAAACCGGGCGGCUUGUGGACGAGAACGGGCAGUACAUAGAUGAAAGCGGGCAGUACGUGGACGAGAACGGGCAGUAUUUACAAGAUGAUGGGGCAGGAGAAUUAGGGUUUGAUGACGGGGGAGGAUUCAUGAGUGACGGGAUGGGAGGGAUGAGAAGAGGCACACCUUUAGAGGUGGUCUAUGAGGAGGGGGAGGAGCAGAUGGAGGAGCAGGAGGAUGAAGGGGAGGAAGGAGAGGGGUAUCGCCAGGAACAGGGUUAUAGUGACGGGCAGGAGCAGUAUGAGGAUGGCCAAGGUAGCUUCAUUGAACGGCCGGAUGUGGAGCAGCAGGAAUCGUACGGUGGAGAUGCGCUGGGCAGCUUUAUUGAACGGCCAGAUGUGUCUGGCGAUGGUCAGGGGAGCUUCAUCGAACGGCCGGAUUAUGAGGGGGGAGAGGAGGAGGGGUAUGGAGGAGAGGAGGGGGGUUAUGGGGAAGAGGAGGGGGGAGGGUAUGUGGAUGAAGAUGGGAAUUAUGUGGAGCAGGGGCAGCAGGGGUAUGUGGAUGAAAACGGGAAUUUUGUGGAAGGAGGGGAAGGGUAUGUGGAAGAGAAUGGAAACUUCGUGGAAGGAGGACAAGGGUAUGUGGAUGAGAGUGGAAACUUCGUGGAAGGAGGACAAGGGUAUGUGGAUGAGAAUGGAAACUUCGUGGAAGGAGGACAAGGGUAUGUGGAUGAGAAUGGAAACUUCGUGGAAGGAGGACAAGGGUAUAUGGAUGAGAAUGGAAACUUCGUGGAAGGAGGACAAGGGUAUGUGGACGAGAAUGGAAACUUCGUUGAAGGAGGACAAGGUUACGUGGAUGAAAAUGGAAACUUCGUGGAAGGAGGACAAGGGUACGUGGAUGGGAACGGAAACUUCGUGGAAGGAGGACAAGGGUACGUGGAUGAGAAUGGAAACUUCGUGGAAGGAGGACAAGGGCAUGUGGAUGAAAAUGGGAAUUUCGUGGAAGGGUUGAUUGGAGGGGAGCUGGGACCAGUUCCUGAGGUGGAUGAAGAUGCUUUGGAGGAGGAGGAGGAGGAGGAGGAGGAGGGGGAGGAGGGGGAGGAAGAGGGGGGGUUUUCUGCUGGAGAGUUUGACGGGCGACAGGUGGAGGAGAGUGGUGUGGGAGAGAGUGAGAUGGAGGAAGGGGAGGUGGGGGAAGGUGAGGAGGAAGGAGAGGAGGAAGGAGAGGAGGGAGAGGAGGAAGAGGAGUACGGGCAAGGGUACGGGGGAGGCCAUGGGGAGGAGUAUGGGGAGUUUGGAAGCCCCAUUGGCAUGGGAGGCGCAGGGGCGAUGGGGCGAUACGAGAUGGACGGUGGAGAUGACUUCCAGUUGCCACCACCGCAGGGGCAAGAGCAAGGGCAGGGGCAGGGGCAGGGGCAGGGGCAGGGGCAGGGGCAGGGGCAGCAGCAAGGAGGGCAGGAUGAGCUGAGUGCGUGGCAGCAGCAGCUGUCCUCUCAAAUGUACUCGCCUCGACCCCAGCUGCCAGCGCAUCUCAUGCAUCAGAUGGGCAUGGGUGCGGGCACAGACCCGCACUCCCAGCAGCAGCAGCAGGGGCAAGGGGGUAUGAUGAUGCAACUAGUGCAGGUGCAGGGGUACUAUGCUGGGGAAGACGGUAUGCUGCAUAACAGCCCUGGUACUGGCAGCAGCAAUGGCGGCAACGCUGCUGCUGAUACAUCCCCAGGAGCAGGCGCAACAGGAGGAGGAGGAGCAGCAGGAGGAGCAGGAGGAGCGGUGCUUGCAGAGGCCCCUGAUUCCUUUGUGGACUUGAAUUUGGAGGAGAUUGGGACGGCGGAGACAGGAAAGCAGCUGGUGUUUGCAGGGCAGGCGGUGGAGCGAGCAGGGAGAGCAGUGGGGUCCAGCAGAGCAGGCAAAGGCAUUGAUGGUGCAGGUGGGGGCGCGGUGGGGGGAUCAGAGCUGCUGGAUCAGCAGCAGCAGCAGCAGCAGCAGCGGCAGCAGCUAAUGCAGGGGACAGUGUCGGGGCGCAGGAGGAGCAGCAGCAGCAAGGAGACGGUUGCAAGCACUCGCCGACAGCUCUUCCCUUCGCCGCAACAGAAGACUACAGUCCCCUACUACGGCUCCUUCUCCCCGGCCUCGCUCCUCCACUCCGCGCAAGUCCUCGAGCACCAGCAGCAGCGCUCCCUCGGCUACUCCGCACUCGACCGCUCGCUCCUCACCACCAUCCUCUCCUCCCUCGACUCGCCCCGCGACUGGCUCUCCUUCUCGCUCGUCUGCAAGUCCUGGCGAGCAGUCGCCUACCACGGGCUCCGCUCCCUCCGCCUCGUGCGAGGCAGGAGAGUCACCCUCGAAGGGUUAAUCCGAGCCCUCGCGCACUGCCCAAACCUCACGUGUCUGGACAUCCCGGGAAUGUGUUUGGAUCAGCCGGUAGGGAACGACCUGCUGUGUACGAUUGGGUACUCGUGCCCGGAUCUGCGGCGGUUGUCUAUCGGUGCGGAUUCAGAACUGGGAUCGACGUUUCAGGAGAGUGGGCUGGCGAUGCUGUUCUCUGGGUGUACGAAUCUUGUGGAGGUUAGGAUCGAGGCGCGCACGCGGGAAAUGGAGCUCUACGGCUCAUCCAUCCCGCCGUCCAUCAUCGCUUUCUCCGACAUAACCCACCUCACGCUCAAAAACGUCUGGACCGCCUCAGACGACCUGCAACACCUGACCUCUCUCACGCGGUUAGAACUCUGGGGCGCAAAGGGGCACUUGCGCGUGCUCCCAGAGGCUCUCGGCGAGCUAGACCGGCUGGUAUAUCUGGACGUGAGAGGGUCGUUCCGCGUGGUUCCCUCCUCCAUAGGCCGCCUGCGCCGUCUCGAGACGCUCAUGCUGCUCAGCGAAGUUUUGGAGCUGCUGCCCGCCGAGCUCGGGCAGCUGACAAAUCUCCGCGAGCUGAGGCUCGACGGGUGCCGGUCCAACCCCAAGCUGCCCGCGUCCCUGUGGACUCUCCACAACCUCCGAACCCUCUCCAUGCCCUGCGACCGGGUCCCAGAGGAGAUCGGCAAUCUCAACUCCCUCCACUCCCUCGCCAUCGAAUCUGAUACCCCCCGUUCCCUCGCCAACACCUUCCUCCCUGCUCCUAUCGGCUGGUUGUACGAGCUAAAAGAGCUUCGGCUAGUCUGCCCCUACGUUCGCUCCCUCCCCUCAUCCUUCGUUCUUCUGGGUAACCUACUCGACCUCCAGUUGCAAUUUUCCGGGCCGCUGCCCAAAAAUUUCGGCGAGCUGAACUCCCUGCAGCGCCUCGUUUUGGACAGCCGGGAAGUUUACGCGCUGCCCGAGUCUUUCGGGGAAAUUCGCACACUGGAGUGUCUCACCCUGGUCUGCGAAAAACUUGCGUCGCUGCCCGACUCGUUUGGGAACCUCUCCUCUCUGCGCUCGCUCACACUCGUCCACUGUGCAAACCUUUCCACGCUGCCCGUCUCUUUCGGGAAGCUGAAAAACCUUUCCCGGUGGGAGGCCCAGUGCAAGGAACUUUCCUGGCUGCCCGUCUCAAUCGGCAAUCUAGUUUCUCUCCAAAGCUUAGAGCUUGAAAGUGAUGUGAUUACUCAGUUACCAGACACAUUUGGUAACCUGCGAUCGCUGCGAAACCUCCGUCUUGUGUGCCCGGCGCUCCCCGCGGUCGCUGCCGGCUAG